GGUUUGUCAGUGUGUCUUUGGUCUGCAGGAGCGUGCAUUGGUGCGGCUCAUUCGCACCUUGGUGUCGGAGCGAGGCGUACUUUCAAAGCCACCAGGAGCACACAGUGGCAGCAGCAGCAUCCACUAGCCAACUAGCCUGACCACGCAGGGACUCCAGAGUUUUCAGUUUAUUGGGGGGACAGACCGAACAAAGCCGCCAAGAUGUGUGACAUGGGAGGCCUCGAUAACCUGGUGCAAAACACUGCCUACCUGAAAGCCCAGGGUGGAGAUGACAAGGAGAUGAAAAAGCGGCGUCGAAGUCUGUCUCUGCCCAAGCAGGACCAGUUAGCAGCCGUCCGCGCUGAGGUUGACAAGAACUACGAGAGCCUCUGCGAACAACAGCCCAUAGGGAAGAAGUUCUUCCGAGACUAUCUGAAGCAGGCGUCUCCCGACUAUGUGACUGCUGCAACGUUCCUGGAUGAUCUGACGGAUUGGGAGCUGUCACUCCCUGGCCCUGCCAAGGACAAGCUCAAGACUAACAUCAUCAACACGUUCUGCAAGGAGGGCUCCAAGAACUACAUGGCUUUCUUGACUGGUGAAGCACUUGACAAAUGCAAAGGGGUGACAGAAAAGGACUUUGACGAGGUGAUGGUAACCAAAGUGCGAGCUGGCACCAGAGAGUACCUCAAGGGAACACCAUUCACGGAUUACCAGACCAGCCCAUUCUUUGAUAAGUUCUUGCAGUGGAAAGAAUUUGAGAAGCAGCCCAUCAGUGACAAAUACUUCUAUGAGUUCAGGACAUUAGGAAAGGGAGGCUUUGGAGAGGUAUGUGCAGUGCAAGUGAAAAACACGGGCCAGAUGUAUGCCUGCAAAAAACUGGACAAGAAGCGCCUGAAGAAGAAACAUGGUGAGAAGAUGGCUCUGCUAGAGAAGAAGAUUCUGGAGAAAGUCGCCAGUGAGUUCAUUGUAUGCCUAGCAUACGCCUAUGACACCAAGGAACACCUGUGUCUGACCAUGAGCUUGAUGAAUGGAGGAGACCUCAAGUACCACAUCUAUUUCAUGGGUGAAAAGGGUAUUGAGAUGGAUCGCAUUAUCUACUACACCGCCCAGAUCACCACUGGCAUCAUGCACCUCCACGCCAUGGACAUUGUGUACCGUGACAUGAAACCUGAGAAUGUGCUGCUAGACAGUCUGGGCCAGUGCCGCCUCUCUGAUCUGGGUUUGGCCGUAGAGUUGCCAGCUGGGAAAACCAUCACCCAGAAGGCUGGUACUGGGCAAUACAUGGCCCCUGAGAUUCUGACUGACAUCCCGUACCGGACAUCAGUGGACUGGUGGGCCCUUGGCAUCAGUAUCUACGAGAUGGUGGCCGGCUACACCACCUUCAAGGGCUCUCCGGACAAGAAGCCAGUGGCGGAGAAGGAGGAGGUUCAGAGGCGCAUCAUCAACGAACAACCUACGUUUGAGCACAAGAACUUUGACGCUCCCAUCAAGGAUGUCAUUACUCAGUUCCUCCAGAAGAAGAUUGAUGACCGCCUUGGCUGCAAAAAUAACUGUGAGGACCCCAGGAAGCACGAAUUCUUCAAGUCCAUCAACUUUCCACGUCUGGAGGCUGGUCUGACCGAACCCCCAUGGGUGCCCAAGCCCAAUGUUGUGUAUGCUAAGGACACUGGCGACAUUGCAGAGUUCUCCGAGAUCAAGGGCAUCGUGUUUGAUGAUAAGGAUAACAAAUUCUUCAAGGAGUUUUCCACAGGCGCUGUGGCUAUCUCUUGGCAGCAGGAGCAGAUCGCAACUGGACUCUUUGACGAGCUCAAUGACCCCAACCGGAAAGAGUCCGCAGCUGGUCUCGAUGAUGAGAAGAAAUCGGGCACCUGCGCACUUCUGUGAGGAGGGAGGGUUGUUGAUAUCUCCCCCUACCAACCACAAAUAAAUUCCACUUUGUUAUCAUUAACAAACAACAACGAAAGAUCUAUCCAAAGCAUGCAUGACUAAAAAUGGAGAUGCUGUGUGAGGGACAGGUGGCAUCCCAAUGGUAGGGCUGGGGUGUCUUAAAUAUGUUUCUGUCUUAAACACUGGCAGAUGCAGAACCACUGGGUUUGGGGAACUUUCUAGAACAGUCAUGUUAUGGUGGGCCGAGCCUCGUACAUCCAAAAAAAGUUGAAACAUCUUUUCCCGACAGUCUUGACUGUCUUGUAAAUAUAGUAGUUACCAUACAGGGACCAAGGUAAAUCACAAGGUUCUUAUGAGGAGAGUUAAUCACAGGAAUACUUUAUAUAUAUGGUGAAUAUUAUAUAUAUAUAA